UCAAAUCUCCUUCAGUAAAGUUAGGGGAACAGACGAAUUAUUUUUAUUCCAUAAAAUAAUGUCAAAGUCAAACAAAAUGUCGCGCUUUCCACAUGACGCUAAAGUCUACGUCGGCGAUUUAGGAUCAAAUGCCAGUAAGCAAGAGAUUGAAGAUGCUUUCGGAUACUAUGGACCAUUAAGAAGUGUUUGGGUAGCUCGUAAUCCACCUGGAUUUGCUUUCGUCGAAUUUGAGGAUGCUCGUGACGCCGAAGAUUCUGUUAGAGGUCUUGAUGGGAGAACAAUCUGUGGACGACGAGCAAGAGUAGAAUUGUCUACAGGGAAGUCAGCAAGAGGACAUGGAGGUCGUUCAAGAAGACGUUCACGAGGACGUGAAGACCGCUGCUAUGAAUGCGGCAACCGUGGUCACUUUGCACGUGAUUGUCGUCGUCGAGGACGUCGCAGCGUCAUCGUAGCGAGUUCAUCUUGUGAACCGGAUCACGAAGCCGCUCACCAAGAAGCAGAAGUCGUGAAUAUAGGACGCGUUCACGCAGCUAUUCACGUUCCCCAAAACGCUCAAACAGGAGUCCAAAGCGUUCACGAUCUCCACGCCAUGGUGAUUCCCGUGGCAUUUCAAAGUCGCCAAGAAUGCGCGAUUCACGCAGCAAAUCAAAGUCAGUCGAUCGGUCAAAGUCGCGUUCGGUGGGAAAUCGUAGUCCAAGCCGCGAUUCGCGUUCGCAUUCUCGAAAUGGCGAUGACUAAAUUUUCAUUUUCACCUAAGAUAACAUUUCCGAUUAAAUUUUCAUUUUUUUUUCAUUUGUUUUGGUUUUUGCGACUUUAUUGAAAGAAUUUGAAAAAGGCGAUAGACGUAAUAGACAACCGACAGAUGUUUAAGAGGAAUCAUCUCUUAAUAGGCGUGUCAGAAGAACAAAGAAAAUGCUUUAAUAUCCUCAUAUGAAUUCCCAACAAAUAUUUCUUUCUUUUUCUUAAUUAAUUAAUUAAACCUUUUUUUUGCUUCAAAUAUUUUAAAAUAAUUUUUAUAUCGUGAUUUGAAGAGAGUCAGAAAGGUUUAAGAGUUCUCUUCUCUUAUCCUUUUAAAUAUUCUUCAAUGAUAUUGUAUAAAAUUAUUUUAUAUAAAUAUAUUCAUUCUUCUUUCCGACGAUAAAAAAUAUUUAAUAAAGAGUUUCAAGGUAAAUAAAAAUAAUGAAA